AAAAAAAAAGAAGGAGAGAAAUGAGAAAUCGCGAAACAGAGAGAGAGAAGAGAAAAACCUGUCCACGCCGAGAGAGAGAGAGAGGGCAGAGGGCACGGCGACUCGCCGAUCGGCCCGAUCUAGCACCGGCGAGGGACAGAGGGCAGCGGGCAGAGGGAGAAGACUGAAGAGAAGGUCGGGCUGUCCUGUGGGUUCCAACUUUCACGAGAUGGGUAAAUUGUCAUGAGCAGAAAUGUUGCGUGGACGAAUUAGAAACGUGGUAAAUUUGCUUGAUAUGAUCACAGAAAGAUCUGCUGAAAACUUUAUUGGGAUAAACAGGCAUUUCUGUGGUUGGUAUUCAACUGGCUCUUCUCACGUGGAGCUACCAAUUAAGCGUAAGAAGUCUGAGAGGAAGCCAUUGGUGACAAGUGUUAAUGAACUCAAGCGUGAAGCUAGGUUGAGGAGGAAAGAGAAGCAGAUGGUGCAGGAGAACACUCUGCGGCCUCCCGAAAAUGGACUGUUGGUCAAGGGAUUAGUUCCAGUUGCUCAUGAAGUGUAUGCUGCCAGGGCCAAGCUUAAUGCUUGUGUCUCGAGGAUUGUUAAGAGCAUUGCUAUUUUUUCUUGCAGCUUGUGUGGAGAGGUUCAUGUUGGUGAUCCACCACACAGAAUUAGGACAUGCGAUGUUGCUGGUAGCCUGAAAAACAAAGAGCACACUUGGGAAAGAGGAGGUGUGGAGCAUAUUUUGCCUCUUGUAGAAUCAUUUCAUCUAUAUGACCGGGUAGGGAGAGCUGUUUCUCAUAAUGAGCAGCUCCAAGUGGAUCAAAUUCCAGCAAUUGUAGAAUUGUGUGUUCAAGCAGGUUUUGACAUACCCGAGUACCCUACAAGGAGAAGGACCUUCCCUAUUUACAGUCUUGCUGGUAAAGUUAUAGAUUUUGAGCGGAGAUUUCCCAAAGAGGACACACCUGGCAAAGAUAUUAACACAUAUGGGUUUUGGGAUAAGAAAAAGAAGUCAAGUGAAGAAAACAAGUUUUUUGACUUGCAUUCCGAUGAUGUACAAGCUAUUGCCGUUCAAGGCAUGGAGGCAUGGGAAAGAAUGCGUUCAGGAGCAUCAAAACUUAUGAAGAAGUAUGCUGUCCAAACUUGUGGAUAUUGUUCAGAGAUGCAAGUGGGGCCCAAGGGUCACAAGGUAAGGAAUUGCCAAGCUUUUAAACACCAGAUGAGGGAUGGGCAACAUGCUUGGCAGGAGGCAACAGUUGAUGAUUUAAUUCCUCCAGUGUAUGUGUGGCAUGUUCGAGAUAGGCAUAGUGGUGAGCCACUUGUAAAUGGUUUGAAGAGGUACUAUGGUAUGUUGCCUGCAGUGGUGGAACUAUUUGCUCAAGCUGGGGCAUAUGUGGGUGAUCAUUAUGCGGGUGUCAUGAGAGAAGAUGUUGCAGUUCCUGAAUUAGAUGAACUAAAGUGGGUUGUGUAAUGUUUGAGUAGAAUUAGUGUCAGAUGCUGCCUACUCGUUUGAAAAAGAAAGUGAGCUUUGUCAAUUGCCAUCACUCUGUCUUCUUUGCUACAAACAGCUCAUUGUUAUAGUGUGAAAUCUGUAUGUGCACAAAUAGCAUGUGCAAAACUUGUGCAUAUCUCACUAUCUACUAGUUUUGCACGAAUUAUCUAGGAUGCAUGGGGGUACAAUCUCUCUCUCGGGGAAAAAGGAAAUGAAGGUUGUGUGCAUACAUUUGUUUGUUUCAAUAUGCUCUUGUUCACUUACAUACGUUGGGCUCUUGAGCUAAAUGAGACUAGUUUUGUUCUCUUGCCUUUAAA